CAAAAGAAAAAGAAAGUGAAAAGACUUUUGCUCCUUCCUCUUAUCAUGGCUCUGGAUUCCCACUUCAUUCCGACGUGCUCCCCUUGAUGCCAUUGUCUCCCCACUUGCAUUCUUCUGCAAUCUCUCUCUCUCUCUCUCUCUCUCUCUCUCUCUCCGACAUGUCUUCGCACUAAUUUCUGGCUUUCUUGUCCUCAAACAUACCCCAGAACUAUAAUUGUCGUUUUCUACUGCUCUGGUCAAAAUCUCACUCUACCAAACUACUUUUAAGCCUCUUUCAGUCGAAUUGGGCCUAUUUAUGUCUCCUUCACCAACUGGGUUUCAUCAAUCUUGAAUGGCCUAUUGAAAAAUAACAAAAGGUUGGUGAGUUUUUUUCCCCCUUAAUGGAGACAAUGGUUUCAUCUGUUUCCCUGCCCAUCCCUAGAGAACCAGCAAAUUACGAUGAGGUUUCUAUGCAGCAAAGCUUACUAUUCUCUGAUAGUCUCAAGGACUUGAAGAAUCUGAGAUCACAGCUCUACUCAGCUGCAGAGUACUUUGAACUGUCGUACACAAAUGAUGACCAAAAACAGAUCGUGGUCGAUACAUUGAAAGAGUAUGCCAUUAAAGCCCUUGUGAAUACAGUGGAUCAUUUGGGUUCCGUGACGUAUAAAGUUAAUGAUCUCUUGGAUGAAAAGGUCGAUGAAGUUUCUGGAACGGAGCUUCGGGUGUCCUGCAUUGAGCAGAGACUUCGGACAUGCCAAGAGUACAUUGACCGUGAGGGACUUUCCCAGCAGUCGCUUGUGAUUAACACUCCCAAGUACCACAAGCGCUACAUUUUACCAGUUGGAGAGUCCAUGCGUGGUGCCAGGCUCACAUCGAAAUAUCAAGGAUGCAGCCUGGAUGAUUGGGAUGAUUGGCAUCAAUUUAGGAAUGCUGUUCGAGCUACAAUCGUAGAGACCCCAUCCUCCUCAGUCAGAAAAGAGGCCUCUCCAUCACCUACGUCGCGACAUUUACAGCGAUCUGGAACCUUCUUGUUCACCUCCAGCACGCCAAAUAAAGAAUUAGAGAAACGAACAGUUUCACCGCAUCGAUUUCCUCUUCUACGAUCUGGAUCUCUCGCUAGCUCUGGAUCUCCUGCUAGUCGCCCAACUACACCAAAUUCAAGAGCGACAACCCCUAACCCAAGUCGUCCUACCACUCCAAAUGCUUUGGUUGCAAGACCACGGUUUCCUUCAGAGCCUCGAAAAUCAGCUUCAAUGCGUAUCCGACCGGAAAAGGGAAAAGAAAACUCCAAAGAGAUCGAACUAUUCCCCAGCAAAAGUAAACGUCUCCUCAAGGCAUUGCUCAGCCGGCGCAAGUCGAAGAAAGAUGAGAUGUUGUAUACUUAUUUAGAUGAAUACUGAUGAGAACAAAAUGAACAGAAAAGCAAAAAAAAGCAGCAGCCCAAAACAGGGAUGUAGUCUUUUUUCUAUUUUUGCCCCCUUUCAAGGCAUUAGUGCUCCCAUGUUCCUUCAUUGUGAUUAUCCAGCAAUGUUGUACUUCAUUAUUUUCAUUAUAUAUUUCUCUUUUCUUUAAA